AUGCAGCGCCAGAUUCUGCGUCAAAUUCCACGCGUCCAGGCCAGCGCCUUCGCCGUCAAGUCUGCUGCGACCGCCGCUAAGGCGUCGCCACUUGUGCUGUCACGUCACUUCUCGACGCCUGUAUCGGUCAAGCAGACCAACCUGCUGAUCAACGGUGAGUUCGUGCCGUCCAUCAAGGGCAAGACGUUCGAGACGUUCAACCCCGCUACAGAAGAGAAGAUCGCUGAUGUCGCUGAAGGCGGCACCGCCGACAUUGACGCUGCUGUGACUGCUGCCCGUGCGGCGUUCGAUGGUCCGUGGCGUACCAUGUCUGCGGAGGACCGUGAAGGACCACGGCAAGCCCUCUCUGAAGAAGAGCACUGGUUUAUCGUCGGUCUCCACGGUGGAGGCGUCUCUCUGCACGAGAUCGCUAGGAAGACAGGUCGGUCCCGUACGUCCGUCCGGAACGCAGUCAAGGCGGAGUGGGGACCGAAAGAAGACAGCGGUGGAGAGCGAAGGGCUGGGCGGCAACCAGCACUGACGGAACGAGAGCUGCGGCAUCUUGUGCGUGCCGCGGCGACAGGCGAGUUCUUCGCCGCGGAGCUCAAGACCAAGAUCGGCAUCAAGGCGUCCGUGAGGACGAUCCAGCGGGUUCUGCGGCGUGUGGACCAUCUGGUUUUCACCAAGAUGGACCGCACGCUCCCCCUCACGACAGCGCACAAGGUUGCCCGUAUGCAAUGGGCGAAAGAGUGCAUACUGAAGCCAGAUGAAAAGAAGUUUAAUCCAGAUGGUCCUGACGGAAUCAAAUAUUACUGGCGGGGCAUGCGCCAGCCAGCACAGUCUUAUCUGCGUCGCCAAAAUGGCGGAGAGAGCGUCAUGAUGUGGGGCGCUUUUAGCGCAGCAGGUAAGAGUGAGCUGGCCGUCUUGCGUGGGCGUCAGAAUUCAGGUGACUAUAUUUACACGUUAUCCGAAUAUCUACUUCCUUUUGCUCACGCUAACUACGGUGUUGACUUUGUAUUUGAGCAAUUCUUGCAGGAGAUGCAACUCAACACCAUGGUUUGGCCAGCUCGCUCGCCUGACUGCAACCCCAUCGAGAACGUCUGGUCGGCGAUGGCGGACAAAUUGUACGCACAUGGCCGCCAGUAUCAAAACGUUGCUGAUCUGGAGGCAGCAGUCAUGGCCGCAUGGGAUUAA